AUGAUGAAGGGACUGAUCCUCUGUGAAACGCCCUCCAGCAAUAGCUACGCCCCUCCAAGCAAUAGCUACGGCCCUCCAAGCAAUUCCUACGGACCACCUAGCAAUGGCUACGGCGUAGAUCCCGCCAUCGCUGCCCUGGCUGAGAACAUCCCUGGAGGUGGUGUCCCUGGAGAGGACUACCCAAUCCUGGCUUCCGUCCCUGACACCGGAUUCGACUGCAACGCCCAAAACGUCCAGGGCUACUACGCCGACACCGCCCGUGAAGCUGGCUGCCAGGCCUUCCACAUCUGCCAGGACAGGCCCAAUGGACGCCGUCAGCAGGACUCCUUCCUCUGCCCCAACGGCACCAUCUUCAACCAACAGUACCUCGUCUGCGACUGGUGGUUCAACUUCGACUGCGCUGACGCCGAAUCCUUCUACUCUGUCAACGAACUCAUCGGGGUCGUUCCUACUACCGGAUACGGUUAUGGCCCUAAUGGCAACGGAAACGGCAACGGAGCCAGGGCUCCAGCAAGUGCCUACGGCGCUCCAUCGUCUCCCUCCGAUUCAUACGGAGCACCCUUUUAAGCCAGCAGGCCCCUAGAAUAUCGAGACGUCCUCAUCAUAGAACCCUGCAGUAUUCAUAAGCUUCUACUCUUCUAUCUUUCAAAGCAAUUUCCACUUAUCUCUCUCCGAUUGCCACUUCACCCGAACCGACGCUACUAUGUAAACGAUCAUUACAAAUCCAUAUAUUUUGCUAAAAUAAAUCACAAAAUAUAA